CCCAUAGAGCAGAGUGUAAUGCGGAGACCCGCUGUAGACGUGGGCGCCAGGGUCCGCAGCGCUGGGCUGAUGCAAUAGCGGGAUCCGCGGUUAUCGCGGCAGCACCGCAGCGGGAUCGGCUGUCUCUACUGUGACCAAGUUUGCGGGGUCUGAACAUGGGGGGAUCGAGCGUGUUGACGUGACUGUGCCGGUUCCUCGCGUUACUCUGACCGCGUCCCUCGCUCGCCCCGGUUACAGGCCGCACCGAUCCGCGGUACCGGCGUCCUCAACCGCGUGGGGGGAGCUACCCGAAGGCCCAUGCACCGGUUCGUGUUGGCUGCCAAGCAAGCCGCGGCAAGCCUAGGCUGCCGGGGCCCGGGGGGCGGUGGGAAGGACAUGCCUCUGCGAUGCGCCGCUUCGCUGGCGGCGGGCUGGCCCCCGCGGGGUCCUCGGCUCCAGCGGCCAGCGCGGGAGGGGACGGUGCGCUGGAGCAGCGCUGCUAAGGCCUCCGUGGUGAAGAUCAAUGAAAAGGCGAGCAGGGAGAAGAUCCUGACGCUAGAGUCCAUGAACCCGCUGGUGAAGGCGUUGGAGUAUGCGGUGCGAGGGCCUAUCGUCCUUAAAGCCGGCGAGAUCGAGAAGGAGCUGCGGAAGGGAAUCAAGAAACCUUUUACUGAAGUAAUUAAAGCCAACAUUGGAGAUGCACAUGCAAUGGGACAGAGGCCAAUCACCUUCCUCCGUCAGGUAGUGGCACUGUGUACAUACCCAAACCUGUUGGACAGCCCAAAUUUUCCAGAAGAUGCCAAAAAGCGAGCCAAACGGAUCUUGCAGGGUUGCGGAGGAAACAGCUUAGGAUCUUACACUGCCAGUCCAGGUAUAAAUUGUAUCCGUGAAGAUGUUGCUUCAUAUAUUGAAAGAAGAGAUGGAGGGGUUCCUGCAGAUCCAGAUAACAUAUAUCUUACCACUGGGGCAAGUGAUGGUAUUACUACCAUUUUAAAGAUCCUGGUCUCAGGAGGUGGAAAAUCCCGAACAGGAGUGAUGAUCCCUAUACCACAGUAUCCCUUAUAUUCAGCAGCCAUAUCUGACCUAGAUGCUAUCCAGGUGAACUACUAUUUGGAUGAAGAAAAUUGCUGGGCUCUAGAUGUGAAUGAACUUCGCCGUUCCUUGAAGGAAGCUAAGGCAUACUGCAAUCCAAAAGUCCUCUGCAUCAUCAACCCUGGAAAUCCCACAGGACAGGUGCAAAACAGAAAGUGCACUGAAGAUGUGAUACACUUUGCUUGGGAAGAGAAACUUUUUCUUCUGGCUGACGAGGUUUACCAGGACAAUGUGUACUCUGAAGGAUGCCAGUUUCAUUCUUUCAAAAAGAUUCUGUAUGAGAUGGGACCCGAGUACUAUAACAAUGUUGAGCUGGCCUCUUUUCACUCCACCUCUAAGGGAUACAUGGGCGAAUGUGGCUACAGAGGAGGUUACAUGGAGGUCCUUAACUUGCACCCAGAAAUUAAAGGACAGCUUGUUAAGUUGCUUUCUUUUCGCCUUUGUCCUCCAGUCUCGGGACAAGCAGCAAUGGAUGUUGUAGUGAAUCCUCCAAUACCUGGAGAAGAAUCUUAUUCACAGUUCAUAAAGGAGAAGGAGUCUGUUUUGAACAAUCUUGCCAAAAAAGCCAAACUAACAGAAGACAUGUUUAACAAGAUACCAGGAAUGCACUGCAAUCCACUUCAAGGAGCUAUGUAUGCUUUCCCACGGAUCUUUAUUCCUUCUAAAGCCAUUGAGGAAGCAAAGGUUCAUAAAAUGGCACCCGAUAUGUUUUAUUGCAUGAAACUUCUGGAAGAGACUGGAAUAUGUGUUGUACCUGGCAGUGGAUUCGGCCAAAAAGUAGGAAGCUACCAUUUCAGAAUGACCAUUCUUCCUCCAGCAGAGAAGCUGAAGAUCCUACUGGAGAAAAUGAAAGACUUCCACAUAAAGUUUCUUGAAAAAUAUGCAUGAAACUACUGCGGCUUUUUCUCCUCAUCCCCUCCCCUUCAAGGUGAAUGCAGAAAAUUAACAAAAAUAUGCUGAGAAUGUGCUGUUCAUCUAAUUUAACUAAAUUCAAAAUAGGUAGAACCAAUCUCUGAUACUGCUACAACUUAUUGGACUAUUAAAUUUAAUGUCUGGUAUAGAAGAUGUUGUUACACCAACUUUUCUUUUUUUUAAGGGAAAGGGGAGAAUGUGAAGAAAGUGGCAAGAAGAGUCAGUAAAGGAUUUUGUGCCUUGACUGGAAGGUAUAUUCAUGAACUUUUGACUCAAUAGGCUGGGGAAAGGAGUUGCUCAUUAAAAAUGCUACUGUCAUGUGGGUUUUUUUGACAAAACAAAUGCCAAGAGCAAUUGUUUAGCUAGGAACAUGUUUCCCAUCUUAAAAUUCUACUAAACAAAAAUUCAAAAGCCUACGUUAUAGGUAUUGUUUUGUUUUGUUUGGGGGUUUUUUUGGGGUGGUGUUAAAUAUGAAGUGUUCUCUAAAUCUGAUUAAGAAUGUAGGUACGGUUUGCUUAUUAAAAAAAUCUUUGACAGAUGUGCAGAUACCUUUGAACUUCUGUUAAAAGAAAUCCUGCUGUCACAGCGUAAUCUGACUGGAACAUACAGUUCUGAUCAGAGGAGUGAACAUGGUGUCUCCUUGAACCCUAUUUUCAUGAAACCAAAACAUGAUGAGGAAUAUUAGCUUCUUGUUCAUGCUGUUCAACACACUAUCCCAGCAUAAGAGCACUGAACGCUUCCUUUCAUAACAACUCCGUGAGUCUCCUGUUAGCUCAUAUCUUAUAUAUACAUGGAACACCAUUUGUUUGGAACCACAAGAGACCUGUUAGCUGGCCAAAAUCCUGCUUGAAUGGCAAGGACUAACAAAUGUUCUUUAGCAGGAGAAAGGCUGGGGGUGCUUUCUAAUGAAGGAAAAGGUAUUUAAAGGAAAAUAUCUUUAUGCUUGGUGCAAGACAACAGUAGUACAGCUCACUUAAAUCUUCCACAGUCAUACUGCUGGCUGAUGACCCUGAGUACUUAUUAAAACCCAGUAUUAAAAAACAGGUCGCCAUCCAGGAGUACAGCUGUAUUACUCUACUAAUCUAUGCCAGUUUCCCUGCACAACAAAAGAAGGCUUCUGUUUCUCUAGAGUUGGAAGCUGGACACCUUCUUCUAGCACUGAUAAAGGACUGAAAGAACAUAGCUUCCAGUAUUCAGCCAUGAAAGCAUUAGAAUUUGUCAGGCCUUAGGCUCAGCAUUUACGUUUAAUCAUUAAGAAUGUCUCAUUUAAUCUAGUCAUUAUUUUUAAGUUAUUAUUUAGAAGUAAACUCAUUUUUAUGUCUACUAGCACUUUGUUAGGCUGCCUUUGUAGCUGAUUCAACUUCCUAUGCUGAUCCAGGUUACUAAAGCCAAGGGCUAGAGAAUCACCAUAGGGAUAAAGCCUGUGCCAAUCUAUUAUGUGUGGAAGACGAGAUGUUGCCAAUAAUUGUCCUUGCAACAGCAGCUACUGGUCUAUGACAUAGCAUUAGCAGCUGGUGUACUUCUCACUGUUCUUUACUGAAGUCUGCGAGAAGAAUUUAGUACUUCUCAAUCACCUACCAGUGGUUCCAGGUUCAUAAAUGAAAAUGGCACACUGCUACACAAAGCUACUAUGGAGGCUUAGAGGAAAAAAAGAAAAUCCUUUUAUCCAUGUAGGAAUGGACUUCUUGGAGAGCAGCAGACUGAGAACACUUAUGUUGCUACUAUCCAUUGAUAAAUACAACCUUUUAUCUGUUAGUGCUCUCCACAUCCUUAAUAUGCACUAAUAAAACAAAUUCAGAAAGCAAAACCGUACUAAGAGGUCAGAAUAUUGAUGUAAAAAUAAGGCAAACAGCACAUUCCUGUUCUAGGAAUGUGUCCAAAUCAGAUCUGGCUUUGGACUCGUAAUGCAGUGUAGAUUGAAGCUAAGAUCUAACAACAGGAGUUAGAAUAUUUUUUUAUAUUUUUGUAACUGCAGCUUUUUCAUGGGGUAGUAUUUGUAAUCUAAUAAGUCAACAGAUUUUAUAUUUGCCUUGCAUUUGCACCUGAUACUUCUGGAAAAAAUGUAAAGGUUUACAAGUUUCUAAUAA